AUGUCCGACAUCCCCCCAACAAUGCCAGCUUGGUCCUACCAAACCCGAGGCCCCAUUUCCAAAGUCCUAAACUAUACCCCGGAUUUCCCCACACCGCACCCCUCAACUCUCUCCCCGAACGAAGUCCUAAUAAAAAUAGCCUACAGCGGCUUCACCCCCAGCGCCAGCACCCUAGUUUCCAUCCUACCAACCUGGAUCCACAAAGAUGAAACCGCAAUCCCCGAGCUUGAGUUCUCAGGCACCGUCGCCGCGCUGGGUAGUAACAUCCUCGCUUCUCGACCAGAACUACAGCUCCAUACACCCGUUUUCGGGAUAACGUCUCUCAGUGUACUAUUACGGCGUGGCCUUGGUACGUUAGCGGGGUACUGUCCUUGUCCUGCGGAUCGGUUGAGUGUUGUUCCUGUUGGUAUGGAUUUGGAGCAUGCAGCGGCGUUGGGCGGGAAUGGGAUUACUGCUGUGCAGGUUGUUGAUGCAGUGCAGGUUAAGAGGGGUGGGAAGGUUUUUGUGAAUGGGGGUAGUGGGGGGACUGGGUCGAUGAUCUUGCAGGUUGUUAGGGAGAGGGUGGGGGAGAGUGGGGUUGUUGUUGCUAGUUGUUCGAGUGGGAAUAUCGGCUUGGUAAAGUCUCUGGGAGCUGAUGAGGUCAUCGACUACCGCGCACAUGAUCCUUUGCAUGAAUAUUUGUCCAAGGAGCAUGCUGAGGCUCGAUUUGAUGCUAUUAUUGAUACGGUGGGUAUCCAGGAGCUAUAUACUUACUCUCCGCGUUAUCUUCGGGAAGGAGGUCGAUUUGUCAAUAUUGGUGCUAUGCAGAUUCAGUCAGCCACUGGGAGCUUGCGCGCGUUUGCUUGGGCAAUGAUUAUGAAUCUCUUUUGGCCGGCAUGGUUGGGUGGGACACCUCGUUGGUACAAAAUGGUCAGUGGGACGCCUGGGGUAGACGUGAUGGCUCGAGUGAAGAGAUUAGUUGAAGAUGGAGCUUUGGAACCUAUUAUUGAUUCGACGUGGGAGAUGGAGGAUGCUUUGAAGGUAUGUAUUAUGCCCUUGAAGCACAGGUAUGAUACUGAUGAGAGUGGUCCAAUUUGA